AUGCAGUGCCUCACCCCCAACACCAGGCCUCCUGAGACCGACCCUGGCCACUGGUGGGCCAGCUUCUUUUUCAGGAAGUCCACCCUCCCAUUCAUGACCACAGUGUUGGAGUCUCUUGAGCACCCGGCAGAAUCCCCCCAGGCCUCCAGAAGCCCGAUCUCCCGUGGCCUGGCUCCUGAAACCAUGAAGCAGCAGCCAGUCUUCCAUUCUGGCCAGGCCAACACGAGGGCCCCGUCCUGA